GCACUCCAACCAGGGCAACAAGAGUGAAACUCCGUCUCAAAAAAAAAAAAGAAAGAAAAUUAAAUAACAGCAAGCAACUGCAUGCACGUUUGAGGGCGGUGUCCGGGGUGAGAAAGGCCCCGCCAGCAAUCCAUGCCACAAUCAGCGAUGGCUGAGCGGGUCUGGACCUCGGGGGACCAGGCUGCACGCCUCCAAGCAAAUGCACAGCGCGGCUAAAUUGGAUUCGACAGCACCGGAAACGGCGACUCCCACUUGGGGCGCUGCGGACACACGAGUCGAGGCUGCCUUCCAGGAAGCAAACAAAAAAAGGGGGGAAAAGGGGGGGAAGAAAGAAAGAAAGAGAAAAAGGAGGGCGAGUGGCAAGCAGGGGCCUCGGCCGCCGCCCACACGCCCCGCAGCGUGCUCGUCCCCCGCGCAGGGCUCCCGGCCGCAGCCCUCGGCCAUCGGCCGCUCCCAGGUGGCCCAGGCCUCUGACUCCGCGGCCGGCCCGGCGCGGCCCGGCGCCCUCAGGUGUAUACCAAGGACUGGAAUUGCUGGGCCAAGCUUUGUGUUUUAAGGAAAAUAAAAAAUCGUGUUUUAGUUUCGUGCUGGUAAUUUGAAGUAAGCAGAUGUCUAGAUAUAAGCUUGGAAACUGGCCAGUUGGAGAUUGCUCACGGCUGCAAUUGAAGACUCCAGCAGCCUUUUCUGCUCUUUGCUUCCAUUUGGAGAGGAAGGCAUCAUAGGCUGUGUGACUUCCGUGGACGCGGGGCUUGGCACCAGCCUGCAGUUGGGAUCAAUCUUCAGUGGCGAUUUGGAGUGGGUCACGGUUCUUCCUGCCUGUCUGCCUGUUUGGUCCCUGACGUCUGCUCCCCAGGGCCCUGGCUCUUCCCCCACGCCUUCAGCCUGCACAGUCCCUUCUCUCAUUCUCAGGCUGCGGAACCUGAAAGUACAAUUUUCCCCCUUACCCGCUGUCUCAGUUACCGGAGGUCAACCGUGGUCUGAAAAUAUUACAUGGUAAAUUCCAGAAAUAAACAAUUUAUAAAUUUUAAA